AUGUCCUCACCGUCGCCCUCGUCGUCAACCUCCUCCUCGUCCUCUCGUAGGGAUCGAUCGGUCGUCGGCUUGUCCCGCAACCGCGUGACCUUUUAUGCCAGGCAGGGCACCGGAGGUCGCAUCUCUAUGUACAGGGAGAUCCAGUCGCAUCAAUGGCGGUCACCGGCCGUCAGGAUCAUGGCCUACGUGACGGGCGCGCCGCGCAAUGCGACCAUCGUCAAAAAGAAGACACGGGUUCAUCCAGGCACAUGGGAGCCAGUAGACGGCCUGGCCGACUUCCACAGUCGCCUCUUCUGGAUAACUGUUUACGAGGAAGACGACCUUAUGCCAGCAGAUCUGGCUGAUGAUAUACCACGGCCGCAGGUGCAUUACGGAGAAUACGGAACGCAUGAGCCAGCUCCAGCGGGCGGUCGUGUUCAGCAGCCAGCGACGCAGAACGGAUUGGCAAGGGACACCAGUUAUACGGAAGGCGGCUUCAACGAGCAGCCAAAUGGCCCGGCAAUACAAAUCAUUGCCCCGACCCCGGAAGCCAACAAUAUACAGCCCGGAAUUGACAGGAGCCCGCCCGCUUUCGACCUUUUGGGUGCAGGCUUAUACAGGUCUUGA